GUUUUGAUGCAGUCGAAAUUAUGAUCAGUCGAAGAUCCGUAUAGUAUCUAAGUGAAAGUUGUCGGAUUCUACGUGAAUUAGUUGCAACGGCGGAUGCGGAACCAUGCCCUGCAUUGUACCAACCUGUGACAGCAGCUGCCAGGGAACCUUAAAACGAUUCCCUAACAACAAUGCACUAACGGAACGUUGGCUUGAGGCGAUUCAGCUGGGUUGCGGUGUCGGGAUACAAACUGCGAAAAAUUUGGAUAAUCUCGAGAUUUGUGAUUUGCACUUCAUGUAUUCUGAAAAUUCAUCUUCAGAUGAAUGCAGCUAUCGAGAACCGAGUAGAUUCACGAAUUGUGAAGGAAGCUACGUGGAAGUGAGCAGUUGCCGGUUAUGUUUGGCGUUCCACCACAGUACUGACAUGAUUGAUCCAAAAUCCACUAUUGGGGAGAAACUGAUUGCAUCCCUCGUUCAGGAAAACUUUAACAUUAGUCUUCGGAAAAAGGACGUGCUGACGCUAAUUUGUCAGGAGUGUCUCGUUCAAAUUGACAUCCUUAGUACGAUCAAGCUAAAAUUCGCGGAAACGUCAAUUGCAUACCAGCAAUUGGUUAAGAUGGGGCAAGAACAGUUGCAGAAUUUAGACAUCAAAAUUGAACAAGAGCACUUUCCGAUGGAUAUUAUAAUGGAAGAUGUACGCUUCGAUGAUUUUCUCGAACCGGAGACUUUAGUUGAAGAGGAUAGUAGCGACGAUGGCUGUAAAACGGAAGAGUCUGAAACACCGCCAAAAACACGCAAAGGUCGACGGAAACGAAACCUGAAACAGUCUAGAAAAGAGGUUAAGAAGCCCAAGCCACCAAUCAAUUUAGUAGACCACGCGGAAAGAAAAUGCUACAUCUGUGUCACCGUAUGUGCUGAUGCUAACGAUUUAGUUCUGCAUCUGACGGAAAAACACACCUCCAAAGAUGGAUAUCGAUGCAUCGAAUGUUCCCUGGAUAUUCCAGGGUUAGCCAAAUAUAAUCGUCAUUUGAGCCGGCAUGAUGAAACGGAGCGGCCCCACAAAUGCAAUGUUUGUCCACUGCGAUUUGCGUCGCUGUUACAGUGUAAGAGUCACGAAAAUAAAAUCCACGGAGCGAAUCACGAUAUUAAAGAGGCUAAACAUUCUGAAAAGGUGCGGAUCUGUGAGGUAUGCGGUAAGGAGUUCACGCAUAAAGGUAGGCUCAAGGAUCAUAUUCAGAAAGUACAUUUGAAAGUUGGAAUUCCCAAGUGUAGCAUUUGCGAUAAAGUUUUUACGGCCAAGAACAGCCUUGAACGACACAUGUUGCUGCAUACUAACGAAAAACCGUACACCUGCGAUCAGUGUGGUAUGAGUUUCCGUCGUUUGCUGAAUAUGCGUCAUCAUAAGAGCAUGGUUCACGAAGGGAAAAAUCCUCACGUUUGUACCGAGUGUAACAAGGAGUUCAAAGGCUAUCAAGCUUUGUAUUGGCACCGGCAGAGCGAACAUCUGCAUCGUGCGAAAGGUCCCGCUACGAAAAAGCAAGCAUGUCAGUUCGAGGUUUGCAAACUUUGCCAAAUACGUUUAGCUAAAGUUAGCGAAUUGGUCGAACACAUUCAGCGGGAGCACGCUGGCCUGGAUUACCCGCUCAUUAAGUGUGCAGAGUGUCCUAAGACUUUUCUCACUUCGAGUCGAUUAUCGCAGCACAAAUCGGUUCACACCGAUAAGUAUGCUUGCAAGCUGUGCGGUGCUCGUCAUUGCGAUAAUCAGCGGCUACAGUUUCAUAUGGAGUCCAAACAUUCGGAUGGUCGUACAUUCGAUUGUCCGACCUGCGGGAAAACGUUCAAAACCGAGCGUCAUCUUGCGACACAUGUUGCUCUACACACCAAGGAGAAACUGUUCCAGUGCGAGUUCUGUCCGAAAGUGUUCGGGCGAAAAUGUCAGCUGAUCAUUCACCGACGCACCCAUACGGGAGAGAAACCUUUUCAAUGCGUUGGCUGUCUGCAACGUUUCGGCGACGACGGGACAUUCUGCAAGCAUAAGAAGCGCUGUCAACCGUUCAUUGCGAAGAUCGAACGCGUGGAUGAAAAUUGAGAAAGGUAGCUGUACAGCUCGGAAAUUUGAUCAUGGAAUGAGGACCGGGAUUUUGUGUCGAAUUUUAAUCACGGAAACGACUUUUUUCUGUCUCGGAAAAUGGAAAUCCAUCCCCCAUUUGAAAUACAUCGGGAGCAAAAUCCGGCGAUCUUUAAAUGUACAGUAGCCUUUACACUUCAUGGAACCUGUUAUUUUUAUGUACUCAUUUCCCACAAAGAAAUUUAAAAUUCCAGGUUCCAUUUAAAAACACAGGGUGGCAAAAUCCCGUGACACGUUUCCCGAACCGUAAACUAACCUUAAGAAGGUGGGUCAUCUAAAAAAAUGGAAUGGUGAGCAAUAUUAGAAAUUAAAGUUCGUGUACAAUUCUUUUAUUAGGGAUUAAGCUGAAGCGGUUGGAGCACAACAGACACUUUAUACACAGACUAGCGAAGUGUCAAAAAUUUCAGCCA